UUCAGAGCGGAAGCGAGUAAUGGCGGCGUAAACAAUCAUGGAGUCGGUGCAUGUAGAAGCUAAUGGAGUUAAUAGUUUUCAAAAUCAGCUCUUCUGUAACGGAAUAUGAGUACAGUUCUAAGCGGAGGAUUUCAGUUUGAUGUGAAAGCUGUUAGAACCUUCCCGCUCGUUUAGGCUAAGUUUAGCUUUGCUAGCUAAACUAGCAGAGAUGGACGGCGUCGUAACAGGUGGAAACGUGAAAGUGCUGGCCAAAGCCAUCCAUUCUUUGUCCAGGAUAGGUGACGAACUUUAUGUGGAGCCUCAGGCUGAAGGGCUGGCCCUGCGGUCUGUGAACUCCUCUCGGUCGGCAUAUGCAUGCUUCCUGUUCGCACCACUUUUCUUCAGCAGGUACACCAUCCCCAGUGGGCACAAUUUUCGUUGCAAGAUGGCAAUCAAGAGUGUGCAGGCAGUGUUUAGGCCUCUGGCAUCUCUAGAGAAGACAGUGGAGAAGUGUCACAUACAGCAGAAUGAACUGAAGAAUCGCCUCACCUUCACCCUGCACUGUAAACAUGGGUUGCUGAAGACACAUAACCUAUCUUUCCAGGACAGUGAAAGCUUACAGGCAGUGUUUGAUAAGGACAGCUGUCCCAACAUAUUCCAUGCCCAGCCCAGGCUGCUAGUGGACAUGGUCAUGCAAUUUCCUCCAUCGUUGGAAGAGGUGACUCUGUCUGUGAGUGAUGAGCGAAUGUGGGUCAGAAACCAUGUGGAGGAAGAAGCAGAGCAGUCAAAAGCUAUGCUGACAGAGCUGUGCCUGGCUUCAGAUGAGUUUGAACAUUUUUCUGUCCGAACUCACACCAGUAUCACCUUCUGUCUGAAAGAGCUACGGGGUUUUCUCUUGUUUGCAGAGUCCUCAGGCCUCCCCAUUUCUUUAUAUUUUGAUGAGCCAGGCAAUCCUGUGGUGCUUUCAAUAACAGAGAGUGUCCUGGAAGUGAACUUUGUCCUCGCUACACUUUCUGAUGAUACCAGCCAUAAAGAAAACACCAGAAGAGCGUCCAGCACACCCCCACCUCCUGAUGAGUUUAUGAAUGAUGACAUGGACUCCUACCUUAUCGCCAUGGAUACAAGCAUUGCAACAGGUCCUUUCGUUUCCAACCCGUGUACACCUCAGCUUUCUGAUUCCGUGUAUUCAAAUCAAUCUGCAGUAGCCAAUCAUAGGACAAGGCCUGCCAGUGAAGGGGAGGAUGAGGACGAGAUGGCUGAUGCUGUUGGACCACCAAAUAAAAAAUUCUGUUCCCUGUUCUUUGGAUCAGUGCUGCCCCCAGCGUCGCAGAUGACGACUCAGCCCAUGACAAGUCAGGAAGUGCUGGCCAGUGACAGUGAAGAUGAGACUCAAACGGACUGAUGGAUGAGGAGAGUGUUUGUGUUCCUCUGUGCUGUCUGGAGUUGUUUGAAGUACAGAAAUGGACAACUCAAACUCCUGCUCUACAUUUUGUUGUGACUUUGUCAAGCGGGACUUUUUUAAAAUGGUCUAUGGCAGGGUUGGCCAAGUUCGGUCCUCGAGAGCCACCUUCCUGACACUCUUAGUUGUCUCCCUGCUCCAACAUGCCUGAAUCCAAUGAAAGACUCGUUAGCAGACUUUUAAUGAGCCUUUCAUUGGAUUCAGGUGUGUUGGAGCAGGGAGACAACUAAGAGUGUCAGGAAGGUGGCUCUCGAGGACCGAACUUGGCCACCCCUGGUCUACGGUGUGGCUCAGGCGUAACAUCUCCAGACUAUUCCACUUUUUUUUUAAUUUAAUAUGUUAAUGGAGACUUGAAAUUAUGGAAUUUUGAAAAAAUGAGUAUGAAGCGCUUUUUUUGUGUAAAGUUUGUUAAACAUGUGGUCAUCGCUCCAAAUAAAACAAAGCUAUUUUUUCAUA